AUGGAGGAAGACUCAAACGAUGGCACAUUGGUACUACCAAUAUUCAAGAAGAAGAAAGCAUCAUCAUCCACAAGGAAUAAGGACAAAGCCAGCCUUCGAACCAGCUCAGCAGCAUCAUCAACCAAGACGACGAUCGAAGAGGAUCCUAUCGACCAACAGACACACGAAGAAGAUGGGAACACGGUCAUCUCACGAGUCUCAAAGAAAUCGAUCCUCAAAUCAACCCCAACCAAAUCAAAGCAAUCCAGACUCUCUCUUGGCUCAGUCACGGACGAAUCAUUCGAUCUCAAUAACUCUUCUAAAUCUUCGUCACGCAGGAAACUGGCCAGGCCCGGCUCUCAUACAAGUCUAAAUAACUUCAGCUCAGAUGAAAGAUCGAUAGAGGGUUCGCCACUCUCUCGGCAGCUAUCCGAAUCUUCCAGACCUACCUACUCGACGGCCCAUUUGAAUGAACUCAAGUCGCUCACCUUGUCAAGUGUACCUGGCAGAUCGAAUGAAUAUACGGGGGAUGACGACCUGAUCCGCUCCAAAUUCACAGGCCAUCACGCUUUGGAAGACGAGGAUAUCAGUUUUGUUUCCAGUAACGAAUCGGUUCACAUCCCUACAUCCAAUUUCAUCAACUCGGCAAAGGAGCGUCGAUCACAGGCGCGCAAGAUCGGCCUCUCCCAUCAGUCAACAUCAAAUCUGCUGAUAUCUGAACCAAGCUCAUCCGAAGAUUUCAUCUCACUUUCUGCGGGGCCAAGCUCAGUCCUACCUUUCCAGGCGACAAAAAAUGGAGAGUCGCGUCUAGUGCGCGAGGAUGAUCAGUUUGGGGAAGGAGAUGACGAGCACGCAGAAUUCACUGGGGCGAAAGAAAGGGUUCCGUUGGGUGAAAAGGCCGGACUGGCAGCCGAGGCAAGCAAGAAGGCGGGGUUGGAAGCAAUGAUUAUGGACGCUGAGGUAGAUCUUCACGAAGGAAAUGAGGAAGAGAUGGAGUGGGAGGCCGCUCAGAUUCGUCGGGGUGGGAUUGGCAGCUCGGCCGAAAAGACGACAAAUGAGCGGAAGGCGGAGAUCUACAAACCUGCACCGAUCCCUGAACAUACCCCUCUUGCUUCACUUGCAUCAGUCGAAAGUGGGCUCUUGAACUUACUCAAUCUCCUCGAGGAGUCUGUAGCAGAACAAUCCGCAGCCGCUCUCCAGUUCACCACCGAGGAAAAAAACCUUGCCGAUCAAGAAUCUGAACUCCGUCAGGAAGUCAGUCGAGAGGCUCAACGAGCCGAUUUCUUCGAAGAGUUGAAUAGCUUCGUCAAAGAGAUCGACCUCUUCUUCACCAAGAAAUGGCCUCAACUUGAGAAAGUCGAGCAGGAUCUGAUUAGUAUUCUGAAAGAAAGGGCAGAGCUGAUCUCCAAGAGAAGGUAUGAAGAUCUCUCGGAUGAUUUGGUUUUGUUUAAGGAUGGAGAGGUUGGCGUGAUUCGACCAUCAUCAACAAAACCAUCGUCAAGGGAUGAAGAAUCUGAACCAAGCAAGGCGGAGCAGGAGAGCGAAGUUGAUGAACUAGGUCGUAGUCGUCCCGAACUCGAUAUCUCCCCACACGCCCCGUCACGUACAUCCAGACGGAACGACCGAGCUCACAGGCGAAAGCGACGAGUUGCAGCGGCAUCCAUUGAGCACACGGUCGAGGAAGACGACGAAGGUUUCUCGACCGAUGAUUCCCUUUCACCGGCCGAUUCAUCUGAUCUCAUGUCCGCCUCGAAAUCUCUUUAUGAUUCCAGUAGAGCGAUCCUGCUCGACAUCACCAAUCCAGUCUUCCUCUCGCCGACCCAUCCGGGCUCGAUCUUCGAUAGAUUCAUGAGUUGGAGAUCGAAAUAUCCGGAGGAAUAUGGGAACGCCUUCGGGAACCUGGCCCUCGUUCAAGCCUGGGAGUUUUGGGUCCGGGUGGAGAUCGUGAGUGGGCUCAACAUAUGGGGACUGCGUGAGUGGGUGAAAGGUGAAGACAAGAGGGGGAUCGAGAACUGGGAAUGGAUGAGGGGACUAGAAAGGUACGAGCAUGAGAUCCAAUCUGGCUCCCAAGCCGACUCGGCCGAUCCUCAAGAAUCAGUGAUCGCAGCGAUGAUUUCGACGGUUGUCAUUCCUUUGUUGCUGCCGAUUAUCAAGUCUUCAUAUGACCCUUUCUCGACCCGAGCGACCACGAAAAGUCUCCAGCUCGCAGAACAAGUGAGCUAUGUCGUGGAAACCGAGGGCAACCCGACCUACGAUAAGUUGAUCAAGUGUUUCUUGGACCGCUUCCGGAGCUCGAUCCAUGAUCUCAAACGGCUAGUCGGUAGCCCUCGAGAGUUGAACGACAAGUUACGUAGUCAAGUCGGAGUCGAAGGCAUCCAAGCUCGUCAACGCUUCCUCAACAAGUCUUUCAAGCUGUUCAAACAAGGCAUUCGAUGGAAGCAAUUCUGUGGGAAAAAUUAUUGGAUCGAUGGCGAUCAGGAGGACGAUCUCGGUGAUCUUAGACGGCUCGAUCAGAAGAGUAUUAGCAGUAAUACCAUCCUUCCUUUGGACUUUAAGUAUCUCUUGGUCCAUCACCUUUUGCUUCAGAUCAUCUGUCCGAUCUUGGGCAUCAGUUGGGAAACUGGCGGCCAACAAAUCUCCGAAAAGAUCAUUGCUGCUUGUCCUGAUAACUUUUUGCCCGAUGAGGUCAUAUCCAUGCUCAAAAACGGACAAUUUUCAACUUAA